AAUCUGUACAUAAGUGAAUCCAAACUCGCCAGCAGGCCCCUAUUUUGAGGAUCAUCAACCCCUGUGAUUCCUUCUUUAUUGAAACAAAAAACAACAAAUAAACAUCACCAACUGUCAUCACCAUAUAUAAAAACCCAACCCUAGAUAAAAACAAACCAUUGCCCACACUUGUUGACCCCCAUCUUUAAACCCCUUCAAAACCAUUCUUUCUUCUCAAUCUUUCUUCACAAUUCUUGAAGAAACAUGCCACCAAUUUCACUACACAACCCCAAAUCAAAGGAUUUCAACAAACCAAACGUUGUCACCAUUGAUGUGGGUGGUCAACUCUUUCAAACCACCAUACAAACCCUAACCCUAGCUGGUUCCAACACCCUUUUCUCCAAUCUCUUCAAUUCUUCUGAACAACCGAACAGAAUCCCUUUUAUUGACAGAGACCCUGAAUUGUUUUCUAUUAUCUUAUCCCUUUUAAGAACUGGCAAUCUGCCAUCUAAAGCCAAAAGCUUUGAGAUUCAAGAUAUUGUUUUCGAAGCAAAGUUUUAUGGGGUUGAAGAUCUUCUUGUCCAAUCUCAGUCAAACCCAUCUCAAUUUGAGCCUUUUGAUCUUGAAAAGUCAAUCAUUUUGCCACUCAGUGGGAGAGAUUCACCUUCUGCAAUCGCUGCAACGCCUUAUGGGUCAGUUCAUGUUUCUCAUGGUAGCAAGAUUACAUCUUUUGAUUGGUCUUUGCAAAGAAAGUCAACUACUUUGACCCAAUUCACAGCUAUUGAUUCUCUGUUAUCUUUGUCAUCUAAUGUUGUGGCAGCUGGUGCCACUGAUUUCUGUGGGUUGCAAAUUAUUGAUCUUGAAAUGGGCUUUGUGAGACAGACUUUGAAUUGGGAAAAUGUGACUAAAUCUGGUUCAACUGUUCAAGCAAUUGGAACUUCCCCUGAGUGUUUAUUCACUAGUUUUGAAUCGAGUCGCAGGAAUUCGAACUCUAUUUUGGUGUAUGAUAUGAAUGAUAGCUUUAAAGUUGUAUCCGAAAUUGGGCAUAAUGAGAUAUUUGGUGCUGAUCUUGAUUCCGCAAUUCCAUCGACAAAAUUGAAUUGGAUUCCAAGUCUUAGUCUUUUAAUGGCUUCUGGGUCACACAGUGGAGCAUCAGGGAUCACAGGAAACAUCAAGUUUUGGGAUAUAAGGUCUGGGAGUCUUGUUUCGGAAAUCAAAGAAAAAACCGAUUGUUUUUCGGACAUCACAGUUUCGGAUACCCUUUCCGCUGUUUUCAAGAUUGGGAUAAACUCAGGAGAGGUUUCUUACAUCGAUUUUCGGAACAUUUCAUCGGAUUGUUGUUGGAAUUGUCUUGGUGAUUCAAGAAAAGUGAUGAAUGUGAAGAAAGAAGGGAUUGGUUGCAAGAUUGAAAGCCAUGGGAAUCAGGUUUUUAGUAGUAAAGAAGGGGAGUUGGAGCUUUGGUCUGAGGUGCUGAUGGGUUCAUCAUCAGCAGCAACUGGUAGAAAUGGGGAAGAAGAAAGAAUCUUUAAGAAAAAUGUUUUGGGUAGAUCCAAGGAUAUUGGGGGAAACCGGAUAACGAAUUUAGGGUUUGGUGGAAACAAAAUGUUUGUUACUAGGAAAGAUCAGCAAUGUGUUGAGGUUUGGCAAAGCUCUGUAAGAAAUAUAAUUUGAUCAUAUAAGUUUUAUAUGUGUUGGGUGUUUUGUUAGUUAGUUAGUUUGUUUGUGUACAUUACUAUAUUUUUUAUUUCAGUGAUAAGUGUUCUGUUUGUGUACAUUACUAUUUUUUUUAUUUCAGUGAUAAGUGUUCUAUA